AUACAGUAAAACAAGAUGGCAGGACUACCCCGCAGGAUUAUAAAGGAGACUCAGCGUUUGCUGGCCGAACCCGUUCCUGGAAUAAAGGCAGAGCCUGAUGAGGCGAAUGCACGCUACUUCCACGUGGUGAUUUCAGGGCCCCAGGACUCCCCUUUCGAAGGAGGCACCUUUAAACUUGAACUGUUUCUGCCAGAAGAAUAUCCCAUGGCAGCUCCCAAAGUGCGAUUCAUGACCAAAAUCUACCACCCCAAUGUGGACAAGCUGGGUAGGAUAUGCCUAGACAUCUUGAAAGAUAAGUGGUCCCCAGCUUUGCAGAUCCGCACAGUGCUGCUAUCAAUCCAAGCAUUAUUAAGCGCUCCUAACCCUGAUGACCCACUUGCAAACGAUGUUGCAGAGCAGUGGAAAUCAAACGAAGCCCAGGCCAUUGAGACAGCUCGGACAUGGACCAGGCUUUAUGCGGGAAACAGCAUUGAGGUAUAGAAGAAAACAGACGGGCACUGGAUGUUAACACAACCAAGAUGAUCUCCUUUAUUUGCAUUUAAAGGACAGUCUUAGACAAAAAAAAACAAGAAAAAAGCAAGCAAAAAAACUGUAAAGAAUAUAUUUAAAAGAAAAAACUACUGCAGCCCUCUGGUAAUUUUAUGGCACAUAGCAAUGUGUUUUGUCUUUGUCCCGGCUCACUGCUCGAAUGCAUGGACAGAGGCUGAUGCUCAACCACAGUUUUCUGUUUGUCCGGGGGGGGGGGGGGGUGAACGAUAAGUCUCGGUCAUACAGUCAUACAAUGGGUCAGUUUAGUCAAAGGUCAAUAAACUGAGGGAGUUAGUGACACAGCCACCAAAUACACACCCAUUUGAAAAUGUCCUCUUGAGGUUAUGCCGCCUAGCCCCUUGUUGAAUUUAGAGUAACCUUUGUUUCCCUCAGACAGUUGAAGUUGUGGGUUCGGAAGUCCUGUGUUUGCAAGUCCUUGGCAGAAGCUCAGAUUAGGGAGGUGAGUGUGUCGGUUAUGACUUCCUUCUGGGGAGAAGGCAUUCUUUUCAUUUUCUUUUAAUGUUAUUUUAAUAUAAUUUUUUUCUCCUAUGAUACUUCAUUAAAAGCAUGUACUUAACCAAGCUCAGAACAUGACUGUUCUAACAAAUUAGAUCUGUAUUGAUACUGAGAAGUACCACUUUCGGGGUGUUGAUGGGGGGGAAAUGUACACCCAAUUCUGACAUGAAACAACGAGGCAUGAAAUACUAUCAUUGUCACUUCAUUGCUGAGAUCCACACAGACUUGUUGCUUCUGUACUUAUUUUCUGUAAAUGUUAUGUUGUAGUAAAAAUAUUUUUGUUAUGCC